UUUUUCAAAGACAUAUUUUUGUUUGCAUGUUACUGUUUGGCACAAAUUCUGUUUAGCACGGAGAAGUUAAUUCAUUGUUAAGUUCUGUGCUUAAAUCCUGCAUUCAUUAUGUAAACUCCUUUUUUCCAUAUAGCCUUCCAGGGUUUGAUGAAAAAUAGAUUCCUAAACAAGCCAAACCUGCCAAACAGGAAGAAAAGCUUUCAGUGGAAUCAUAAUGUUCCCUUGAAAUAGAAGUGUUUUAGCUUGUACGAGCGUAUUUCUCUCCUGAAAAGAAAUGAGAUCAUGUUUCAUUUCAGGAAGAUUUAUGCUUCAGGAAAAAUCCUCUCCUCUUUUAUAAUAUCAUCAGGUAGACAUCUGAGCAGAAUCAACACUCUCAAUUACAUAAAAUAAACAAUGGCAUAUUAUUGGAAAACAGAUCUAAAUACCAGUGAAUCACAUCAAGAGCAGGAUGAGCACCAAGAAUUUCACUCCGUAAAUCAGUUCCUUUUUCCUAGCCAAGUCGGUCUGGGUUUUGAUCAGCUAGUAGAUGAGAUCAGUAAUAAAAUUCCACUCUGUCAGACUGAAAUGGAAGAAAACACUGUUUUUGUACCGAGUGCACCAAGCGGGAACUCAAGAAAGUAUUCAUUAGAUGAAACACACCAAAUACCUUUGAAUGAAUUCACUUCUAAAAGCUCAGAACUCUCUUGUCUCCAGGUUAGGAAAAUACCUGUAAUUGGUUUUAGGAGCUCUGUGCUACAAAAACCUGAAAACACGAACAAAGGAACCUCUUGGGGAAACCCCAUAGGAAAAUAUCAUGGUGCUGAUUACAGGUUCAAUAUUUUAGCUUCAUCAUCUACUAGUCUGGAUAAAAUUAAUUCACAGAGAGAAUUAGAAAAUGAAAAUCACAACUACUACAUAGGAUUUGAAAGCAGCAUCCCUUCUAUGUAUCCAUCCUUCUCACCUGACUUCAUGCCAAAAGAAGAGAAUAAAAGAUGUAGAAAUACGGACAUUGUGGAACAUUCUCUGAUGCCUUUUGAAGGGUCUUCUUUACCCAGGACCUGGGAAAAUACAUGGCCAAAGAAUAGAAAGCUGACAGGUUAUUCUCUUCAGCUAGUCGAAGUACCUCAAGGCAGUAAUAAGACUCUGGCCUCCUUCUGUGACAAAGUGAAAAAAAUAAGAGAAACAUACCAUGCAGCUGACAUUAAUUCCAACUCAGGGAAGAUCUGGAGCACGACUACAGCAUUUCCCUAUCAGCUUUUUUCUAAUACUAAGUUUAAUAUAAGUAUUUGUAUUGAUAACUCAACACAAGUACUUCAUUUUAUGCCAUAUGCUAAUUAUCUUGUCAAAGACCUAAUUGCAGAGAUUCUACAUUUUUGUACAAAUGACCAGUUAUUCCCCAAAGAUCAUCUUCUAAGUAUAUGUGGCUAUGAAGAAUUUUUGCAGAAUGAUUACUCUUUGGGGAGCCACAAAAUAUUUCAGAAAGAUAAAUCUGUUAUUCAACUUAAUCUGCAGAAAAAUGGGGAAGUUCCAGGAAAAUUAUCUCGAAAGCAUGAAGAUGACCACAGUCAGUUUUAUCUGAACCAACUUCUAGAAUUUAUGCAUAUUUGGAAAGUAUCCAGACAGUGCCUCUCAACAGUAAUAAAAAAAUAUGACUUCCAUCUGAAAUGCCUAUUGAAAACCCAGCAAAAUGUAGAUGAUAUUAUUGAAGAAGUGAAAAAUAUAUGCAGUGUUCUGGGGUGUGUGGAGACCAAACAAAUUACAGAUGCUGUAAAUGAACUAAAUCUAAUUCUUCGGAGAAAAACAGAGAAUUUUCAUGAAAAUUCAGAGACUUCAGCAAAAGGCUUGAUAGAGAAAGUGACAAGUGAACUAUCCAGGUCAAUCUACCAGCUUAUCAAUGCCUAUUGCUACAGCUUUUAUGCAGAUUUCCAGCCUCUAAAUGUACCUGAUGAGAUCUCCUAUGUAAAUCCUGGGCUCCAUUCCCACCUUAGCUUCACAGUGUAUGCAGUUCACAACAUUCCAGAGAUUUGGGUGCACAGCUAUAAAGCAUUUUCUUUUUCCUGUUGGCUUACAUAUGCUGGAAAGAAGUUGUGCCAAGUGAGAAGCUACAGAAGUAUUCCAGUCAAAAAAUUGUUUUUUCUCCUGGUCAACUGGAAUGAAACGAUCAAUUUUCCUCUUGAAAUAAAGUCACUUCCAAGGGAAUCCAUGCUCACUAUAAGAUUGUUUGGGGUUGUCUGUGCAACCAGUAAUGCCAAUUUAUUGGCUUGGACUUGUCUUCCAUUGUUUCCGAAAGACAAAUCCAUUCUUGGGUCUAUGCUAUUCAGCAUGACAUUAGAGAAUGAGCCUCCCAUAGAAAUGAUAGCUCCAGGACUGUGGGAUACAAGCCUGCCAUCUCCAGUGAUCCUGCAGAUUGAUUUUCCAGCUACUGAGUGGGAGUAUAUGAAACUUGAUUCUGAAGAGAAUAGAAAUAAUCUUGAAGAACCACCAAAAGAGUGUUUAAAACACAUUGCCAGACUUUCACAGAAACAGUCUCCUUUACUACUCUCUGAGGAAAAGAGAAGAUACUUAUGGUUUUAUCGCUUCUACUGCAAUAAUGAAAACUGCUCCCUUCCUUUGGUCCUGGGUAGUGCCCCUGGAUGGGAUGAAAGAACUGUUUCAGAAAUGCAUACCAUUUUGAGAAGAUGGAAAUUUUCUUGCCCUUUGGAGGCACUUGGACUUCUGACUGCUGGUUUUCCAGAUCAAGAAAUUCGUAAAGUGGCUGUUCAGCAAUUAGACAACCUUUUGAAUGAUGAACUACUGGAAUAUCUCCCACAGCUAGUUCAGGCUGUCAAGUUUGAAUGGAACCUUGAAAGUCCUCUGGUACAACUCCUAUUGCACCGUUCAUUGCAAAGCAUCCAGAUUGCCCAUCGUCUUUACUGGCUGCUAAAGGAUGCACAGAAUGAAACUUAUUUUAAAAGCUGGUAUCAGAAGCUGUUGGCUGCUCUCCAAUUCUGUUCAGGAAAAGCCUUGAGUGAUGAGCUUUCCAAGGAGAAGAAACUUAUUAAAAUUCUGGGAGACAUUGGGGAAAAAGUCAAGUCUGCCAGUGACCCUCAAAGACAGGAGGUACUAAAGAAAGAGAUUGGCAGACUAGAAGAAUUCUUUCAGUGUAUAAAGACCUGUCACCUUCCUCUGAACCCUGCCCUGUGUGUAAAGGGUGUUGAUUGUGAUGCAUGUUCAUAUUUCACAUCUCAUGCUGUGCCAUUGAAGAUUACUUUCAUCAAUGCUAACCCAAUGGGCAAAAACAUCAGCGUCAUUUUUAAGGCUGGAGAUGAUCUUCGUCAGGAUAUGCUUGUUCUGCAGAUUAUUCAAGUGAUAGACAAUAUUUGGCUGCGGGAAGGCCUGGAUAUGCAAAUGAUCAUUUAUAGAUGCCUAUCCACAGGGAAAGGUCAAGGAUUGGUGCAGAUGGUACCCGAUGCCAUAACCCUAGCAAAGAUUCAUCGCCAUGCUGGGCUGAUUGGACCUUUGAAGGAAAACACAAUCAAGAAGUGGUUCAGCCAGCACAACCAUUUAAAGGAAGAUUAUGAAAAGGCCUUGAGGAACUUUUUCUAUUCCUGUGCUGGCUGGUGUGUGGUAACGUUCAUCCUGGGAGUCUGUGACCGGCAUAACGACAAUAUCAUGCUGACAAAGUCAGGCCACAUGUUUCAUAUUGACUUUGGAAAAUUCCUAGGUCAUGCACAAACAUUUGGAGGGAUAAAAAGGGACCGAGCACCUUUUAUUUUCACUUCAGAGAUGGAGUACUUUAUUACAGAGGGUGGGAAAAACCCACAGCAUUUCCAAGAUUUUGUGGAGCUUUGCUGUCAAGCUUAUAAUAUUGUCAGAAGGCACAGUCAACUGCUCUUGAACCUGUUAGAAAUGAUGCUACAUGCAGGAUUGCCUGAGCUGAGUGGAAUCCAAGACCUGAAAUACGUGUAUAAUAAUCUUCGUCCACAAGACACAGAACUGGAAGCAACAAGUCAUUUUACCAAGAAAAUAAAGGAAAGUCUGGAGUGCUUCCCUGUUAAGUUAAAUAACUUGAUCCAUACACUUGCACAAAUGACAGCCAUAAACCCUGCUAAAUCUACUUCACCGACUUUGCCCCAGGAAUCCUGUAUGCUGAAUGUAACCAGGUCAAUUCAGAGAGCAACAAUUUUAGGGUUCAGCAAGAAAACAAGUCAUCUGUAUCUAAUCCGGGUGACACACAGUAACAAUGAAACAAGCCUGACGGAAAAAUCAUUUGACCAGUUUUCAAAACUUCACAGCCAACUUCAGAAGCAGUUUGCAUCAUUGACUCUCCCAGAGUUUCCUCAUUGGUGGCACCUACCUUUUACAAAUUCAGACCACAAAAGAUUCAGAGACCUAAAUCAUUACAUGGAACAGAUAUUAAAUGGAUCAUACGAAGUUGCAAACAGUGAUUGUGUGCUUAGUUUUUUCCUCUCUGAGCCUGUGCAACAAACAAUUGAAUCAUCGCUUAUGGACCUAGGUGAGAAGUUUCCUGACAAGACGCCUAAGGUGCAGUUGGUGAUAUCACAUGAGGAUACGAAGCUGACCGUCCUAGUGAAACACGUGAAGAACAUUCAUCUCCCAGAUGGCUCUGCGCCCAGUGCACAUGUUGAAUUUUAUCUUUUACCAUAUCCCAGUGAAGUUCGUAGGAGGAAAACAAAAUCUGUUCCAAAAUGUACCGACCCCACUUAUAAUGAAAUUGUGGUGUAUGAUGAAGUCACAGAGCUCCGAGGACAUGUCUUAAUGCUUAUUGUGAAGAGCAAAACCGUAUUUGUGGGAGCAAUUAACAUCCAACUUUAUAGUGUCCCUCUCAAUGAAGAAAAAUGGUACCCACUAGGAAACUGUAUAAUUUGACCAUUUCUAUCAACCAAUGCAUUAUUCAUUAACUACUUAUAUCUUUUUCCACUUCUAAGCCUCUCUAUCACAAGAGCAGGACAUUUUUGUUUUCAAAGAUAGCUUAGUGUACCAAGGACACAAGAAAAAGAAAUAAGAAUAGUCUUUUAUAGUUAUAUAUUCUCUACUUGUGUUUCAUUAUUUUCUUAGAAUCUUUUCUCCUUAAUAAAGUACAAAUUUAUUGUGUAAAAUUCAAUAUGUAAAAUAAUAACAACAUUUAAUUUUGAUACAUCUUUUAAAUCAAAUAUGUGUUCACAUCUUUUAAUUGUGUACCUAUGGUUAUAGCAACACUGUUAACGUGGUUUCCAAGAAAUACAGCAAUAAAUAAAUCUCAUCAAUUAAUUCAAGACCUAAGUAUAUUUGUAACAAAUUUUUGAACUUGAAUUAAAUAUAUAUACCUGUGUACUGACUUACACUCCUAUUUAUUGAGGGAAUUAAUAAGCUCUAGCUUUUCUAUCAGAAAAAAACAGGGGAUAAAUGCUU